ACCAAUUACGAGAUAGGCUGGGGCCGCAGCGGGUCGCGACUCGCGAGAGCAGUGCUCCCAGUGCGGGUCGUGGUUUGCGGGCCGCAGUAACAUCGCGACGUUGCUCUCUGAAGAGAGCCAGAUGACACCACAGUUGAGCAUCAUCUUCCUGCUCCUCAGCUCGGGCAGGUCAUUCAAGCCUCGAUGUACUAUGGCUAUCCCUUCUCAAACGUUUAAUCAUCGUUGGCGGAUUGCAACGCGACCACCGAGCGAUCCAGAGAACAAGACAUCAGCGAGACACCAGCUCUGGAUUAUAACGGAUGAAAAGCAGCGCACCGAAUUCACUGCAAAAUGUACACGCACGUCUUUGGACAUUUAACUCGAGAAGAACCUCCGAACGAGCUUCUCUAGCAAGGACGAUGAGCGGCUCUCGCAAUGAGACUACCACUGGGACGAUGCGACCAAGGAGUCCGAAGCUGU